CACACACCACGAAUUUGAGAACGAAUACGUUCACCUUUGUGGUGGAAUCUUGCAUUGGUUGGCCGCAUUAUUGAAAGGUCCGACUGAAAAUUAAAGCGGUUCCCAAGAUGGCGAUGGGACGACCCUGCCUGAAAAUUCUGAUCGUAUGCUUCGUGGUUGCCGGUCUGGCAGUCGGUACGGAUGCUGACGACGACAUAUACAACGAUGGCAUUUUACACGAGAAUGCCGUCUACCAACCUGCCGCACGAGAGACGUCUAACGACAACCAUCCUGCGGCACGAAAGACGUCUAAUGACAAUCAACCUGCGGCACGAGAGACGUCUAAUGGCCGCCAACGUGAACCUUUAAGUCAAAGACCUGGAAAGAAUCGGCCGACAGCAGGAAAAGAAAUAAACACGGGCAACCCUGACUUGAGAUGGGGAUAGGGGUGUUGAUAACUGCAUCUUGAGAUAUCAGCAAAAAUAGACCCUUUGUCUAACUUUUUUCUUUUCAAACGUCAACUGAAUUCUUUUUGCAACUCGGUGCCCAACUUAUUCUGUAAACUGUAUUCAUGUUUGUAGCUCGUAGUUUUUCGACAUUGACCAAUGGGAAAUUCUCAAGAAAA